AAUGACAUAGUAAUAUCAGCUAGUCAGUUCUGUCAUGUCGAAGACAAUCCUGGAAACAUUACAUAUCGUUGUCCCGAGGAAAUGUUUGUUGGAUACUGUUUGGAUUUUACGCCUUUUCUUACCAACAACGAGUCUCUUAUUUUCUUCAAUGGAACUUAUAUUCGUCCAAAAUGGUGGAGUAAUAUAACCAACAUGCAGUUCAGCAGUGCCAACGUCUCAUCUGAGUAUCAGUUUGUGGUGUGUGGGACCGAGAUUGCCCUCCAAACCUGCUCUUUCUUCACGGUUUCCAAUGAUUCCAUUGAAUGGGACUACCAAGAAAACCAGUCUGUUAUUCUGUAUCAAGGUCAGAUGUACGACACAGAGGAUAUUCUGAUUCAUCCCGAUGGUUCCAUAAGCAUCUGCUAUAUUGAUCAGGUCACACCCAUUGACAGUAGGACAUUGAUGAUCAUAGGACAUGUUCUCUUUGCCAUAUCAUCUGUUUGUCUCUUUGCUACAUUGAUAACUUACGUUGCCUUCUCUACCUUGCGGAAUCGUCAAGGUGUAUCCAUAAUGAAUUUCAUUGUUGCGUUGUUCCUUGGACAAAUCUUUCUUCAGUACAUACGUCUUUCAGUCUCCCAGUUUAGAAUUCCUUGUAUAGUUGUUGCUGCAUUAUCCCAUUUCUUCUUCCUUGCUUCGUUUGUUUGGACGACUAUCCUUGCUUGGGACCUGAGUCGAAGCUUCGCAGCAAACAAGAUAAAAUCAUUUUCAUCUAGCUCAUUUGGUCGUAAGAUGGUGGCUUUUCUUGUUAUUGGAUGGGGCACUCCUCUCGUCUUUGUCUCGAUCACUUUGGUACUUCAGUUCGGAGGAUUCCAGAAUGGUCCUUUCUUGGAAUACGACAUUAAUACAUGCUGGCUUGCCAAACUAUCUAGCAUAGUAACGUUCUUUGUUCCAAUGUCGUUAUGUCUUUUAUCCAAUCUCGUAUUUUUUAUCAUCACGGUGCAUGGAGUUCAUUCUACCAAGAAAGCAACAUCGGUGCUAAAAUCUGGCCAGGACUCUCAAUUCAAACAAUUGGCUGUUGAGCUCAGAAUAUAUGUCAAGAUCUCAGCUCUUCUUGGAUUCGCCUGGUUAUUUGGGUUCUUAGCUAUGGUCUCCAAUGUCCCCUUCAUGGAAUAUCUCUUCAUCAUCGUCAUCAGUCUCCAAGGCGUCUUCAUUUUCAUUUCAUUUGGUACCAACAUUCGAGUGAAGAAACUUUGGCGAACAUUUGUGGAGAACUCAUCUCUCCUGUCUAUGAGUAAAUUCUCGCGAGGUAGUACUGGAGCACACGAUGGACCUAAAAGUGAGAAACAUUAA